CGCAAGAGCGUCAUCAUCCUCAGCAGCAGCAACACCACCACCACUGCGCUGCGUUUCCGCCUUGGCUGAGCGGCGCAGGGGAGGGAAGCCGUGAAGAAGACACGAAGCCACUGAGGAGACGCAGUGUUGGGCACAGCACACACUCCGAGCAAAAAAAUUGCACCAACGCGGCAACAACCCCCAGCACUUCUUCUCCAAAGAUUCUUAACGCCAAGAAGCGACCCGUGGUGUGGUGCGCGCCAGAGCCUUCCAGCAUGGAGACUGCGCACUAAAACACACACGGAGACAAGCACUAAAAUGUGAGAUUUACAGAGGAGAUCACCAGAGAGCGAGAGCGCGUGUAUGUGUGUGCGUGUGUGGAAGAGAAAAGUGGCUACCCCCUUUUAUCUUUUGCGGGUGAUAUCAAAUUCUGCAGUGAGAAAAUGAAGAAGUUUAACAUCAGGAAGGUGCUGGACGGCUUGAAAGAGGUGUCCUCCUCCACCCCGUCUGUCCAAGUGGGGCCACAGGAGAACCAUCUGAUCCCGGAGACCAUCCAGUCCGAGCAUUUCCAGCUCUGCAAGACUGUCCGUCAUGGCUUCCCCUAUCAGCCUUCGUCCAUGGCUUUCGACCCCGUGCAGAAGAUUCUGGCCAUCGGCACCCAGAGCGGUGCUCUUAGAUUGUUUGGUCGUCCAGGUGUGGAGUGUUACUGUCAGCACGAGAGUGGAGCAGCCGUCAUCCAGCUACAGUUUCUCAUCAACGAGGGAGCGCUGGUGAGUGCUCUGGCUGACGACAGUGUUCACCUGUGGAACCUGAGGCAGAAGAGACCGGCCAUACUCCAUUCCCUCAAAUUCAACAGAGAGAGAAUAACUUUCUGCCACCUGCCCUUCCAGAGUAAAUGGUUGUACAUCGGCACAGAACGAGGGAACAUCCACAUCGUCAACGUGGAGUCCUUUACGCUCUCAGGCUACGUCAUCAUGUGGAACAAAGCCAUCGAACUGUCGUCCAAGGCUCACCCCGGACCAGUUGUCCACAUAAGUGACAACCCCAUGGAUGAGGGAAAGCUUAUAAUUGGAUUUGAGUCUGGGAUCGUGGUCCUGUGGGAUCUGAAAUCAAAGAAGGCUGACUAUCGCUACACUUAUGAUGAGGCAAUCCACUCGGUUGCCUGGCACCAUGAGGGGAAGCAGUUCAUUUGCAGUCACUCAGACGGGACUCUGACCAUAUGGAACGUCAGAGGGACGGGCAAGCCCAUACAGACAAUCACCCCGCAUGGAAAACAGCCCAAGGACGGGAAGAAGCCAGAGCCUUGUAAACCCAUUCUGAAAGUGGAGUACAAAACCACAAGAAUUGGAGAACCCUUCAUAAUCCUCUCUGGUGGUCUUUCCUACGACACGGUGGGCCGGCGGCCAUGUUUGACCGUAAUGCACGGGAAGAGUACUGCAGUGCUGGAGAUGGACUAUCCUAUAGUAGACUUCCUCACACUAUGUGAGACACCGUACCCUAAUGAUUUUCAGGAACCUUAUGCCGUGGUGGUCCUUCUAGAAAAGGAUUUAGUGGUGAUCGACCUUGCACAAAAUGGUUACCCCAUAUUCGAGAACCCCUAUCCUCUGACUAUCCACGAGUCUCCUGUGACCUGCUGCGAGUACUUUGCCGACUGCCCUGUGGACCUCAUACCUGCACUUUACUCUGUUGGCUCGCGGCAGAAACGACAGGGAUACAGCAAAAAGGAGUGGCCUAUUAGUGGUGGAAACUGGGGUCAAGGCACACAAAGCUACCCAGAGAUCAUCAUCACUGGGCAUGCUGAUGGAACUGUGAAGUUCUGGGAUGCCUCUGCAAUAAUGCUUCAGGUGCUCUAUAAGCUGAAAACAGCCAAGGUGUUUGACAGAAACCGCUCCAAGGAGGAGAAGGGCAGCACCGAGGUGUCAGAUGAAGACCCUUUUGCUAUUCAGAUCAUGGCCUGGUGCCCUGAGAGCCGGAUGCUGUGUGUGGCCGGGGUGUCAGCCAACAUUAUCAUCUACCGUUUCAGCAAGCUAGAAGUCACUACUGAAGUGGUACAGCUGCUAGAAGUGCGAAUGCAGUAUGAGCUGAACGACAUAGAGUCCCCAGACGGCGGAGGAGGAGGAGAGCAGACGUCGGCGCAUCCCACGCCAGGCGCCUCCCCUCAGACGAGCGGCCCGCCUUCGCACCCCUCCACCAGCAGCAACAACUCUGAUGGAGGCAGCAUCCCCUGCCUCAAAGUGCGCAGUACUCCUCUGAAGCAGUCUCCAGGUUACCAGGUGGAUCUGGUGGUCCAGUUAGUGUGGGUGGGUGGAGAGCCCCCUCAGCCCAUCACAAGUCUGGCGCUCAAUUCCUCCUACGGCCUUGUGGUGUUUGGCAACAGUAACGGUCUGGCAGUUGUGGACUACAUCCAGAAGACAGUAGUACUAAACCUGGGGACAGUUGAGCUUUACGGCUCCAAUGACCCCUACCAGAGACAGCCGCGCUCGCCAAGAAAGACACGGCAGCCUUCUGGAGGUCUGUGUGACAUCAACGAAGGCUCAGCGACGUCAGAGGACCGCUGCAAGUCCCCCACUUCAGCAAAGAUGUCACGGAAAUUAAGCUUGCCUACUGAGCUAAAGCCAGACUUGGUCCUCCUGUCUGUAUGCCCGACGCGGGGUUCCAACCCAUUAGACCACCGGGACAAUUCUUUCAGCCGCUCGCGCUCCUCCAGCGUCACCAGCAUUGACAAGGAGGCUCGAGAGGCCAUCAGCUGCUUCCAGUUCUGCGAGACAUUCGCCCGGAAGGGGGACAGCACUUUGACGCCCUGUGUGUAUGUGGGCACCACCCUGGGCACUGUGCUGGCUCUAGCUCUUACAUUGCCUCCUGCUGGGGAGCAACGGCAAUUGCAGCCAGUUAUCGCUUCACCCACAGGCAUGUUGGUACGACUAAAGGGGAGCAACAUGCGAAUGGCUUUCCUGGACUCCUCAGGUGCCCUGAUGCAACCUGCACACGAGCCUUGGUUUGAACCCAACGUAACAGCAGAUGGCGAAGAAAGAGAGAAGGUCCGAAAGCGCCGUCCCGUCUCAGUGUCCCCUUCAACCUCGCAGGACCUCAAUGAGUGCCAGUAUGCGGUGGUGUGUUCAGAGAAACAGGCCAAAGUCAUUUCCCUCCCCUCCCAGACCUGCAUCUAUAAACACAGCAUCACAGAGACCUCCUUCAUCCUGCGGGCAGAUGUGGUGCAGAUGAGCCAAGGCGUGUGUGUGGCAUGUUUCUGUGCCAAUGGACACAUUAUGACCCUCAGUGUCCCCGGGCUGAGGCCACUCUUGGAUGUAAACUACUUGCCUUUGACGGACAUGCGGAUAGCCAGGACGUUCUGCUUCACUAACCUGGGUCAGGCCAUGUACCUCUGCUCCCCCACUGAGAUCCAAAGGAUCACCUACAGCCUGGACAUCUGUGAAAACCUACAGGAGAUGCUGGGGGAACUUUUUACACCAGUGGAGACACCAGAGGCACCAAACAGGGGGUUCUUCAAAGGUCUCUUCGGGGGCGGAGCACAGUCACUGGACAGAGAGGAGCUAUUCGGUGAGAUAUCAGCUGGGAAAGCAUCUCGAAGUCUCGCCCAGCACAUCCCAGGCCCUGGUGGCAUCGAGGGCAUGAAGGGGGCGGCUUCCGGUGUUGUUGGAGAUCUGGCACGCGCCCGGAUAGCUCUGGACGAAAGAGGCCAGAAGCUUGGGGAGCUGGAUGAGAGGACGGCUGCCAUGAUGGCCAGUGCAGAUUCCUUUUCCAAACAUGCCCACGAUAUGAUGCUGAAGUGCAAAGACAAAAAAUGGUAUCAGUUCUGAUUCGUGACGGGUGAGGAGCAGAGCUUCACAGACACUACGGUCACCUUCCGCCCAGCUUAUUUGGACUCGACGUGAACCCUCCCACCCGUUCAUCCAUAUGUCCAUUCAUCCAUCCCUCCAAGCCUUCUUCGCUGGGACACUUGGGAUACCCUUCCCUAGCACAAUGUUGAUACUGUUCUUACCUCAGUCUAAGGGUGGAACUGAGGGGUGGACAGGGGAGAAGGACAACCUCAAAGGAGAGCAAAUAAAAUUGUGUCUUUUUUUACGUUCUCGUCUCUUCGUUUAUCUCUAAUUCAGCCUCUCCUCGGAGGUAGCCGCCUGGCACACGCACCUGGAGACCCUUCAUGCUCAUUUGCCAAAAUGUCCUUUACUGUCGUCCACGCCCCGAGCCCACUGGGGCCAGAACUCAAAAUUGACAAACACAGCUGAAAAAAGACAAAAACCUUACGAGGAAAUAGACUAUAAAAAAUUCUUGAAAUGUAAAAAGAAGGAAAAAGAAUCUAAAUACAUCAUUAUAUAUACAUAAAUCUAAUAAAUGUGCAACGCUGUAUCCACUUCCGAGUGAAAAGUACUAACGCAAAAGGAUAACUCCGUGACGGAACAGGAAGGAAGUGCUGCGACAGUGACGCCUUCUCUAUGCAGAGAGUCACAGGGAUUAAAGCGACAUACUUUGAUGUAAACCGGAUACUUCACUCUAGACUCUCCUCUGUAUCUUACAGACGUUCAUAUCGUUACCAACAGUGUGUGUGUGUGUGUGCGUGUGUGUUAAUUUCUAUUUUCUUGCCAUUCCUCUAUUUGUUAUUUGUUGGGUUUUUUGCUCUGUCUGUUCUGUAUUACUGGAAAAUCUCUUAUUUUUCUAUUGUUGUGAAAGUGGAUGAUGUUUGGUUUGUUGAAAAAAUCUGUUUUGUGGCUUUUGUCUAACAACUCGAUUUAUUUUCUCCUUAUGAAAAGGGCUGGAAUCUUAAAGGAGGGCAAGGAUAUAAAAGGCAUAUAUCAUUUAGUAAUCACAGACAUGGCAUCAUCGGAUUCCCUGAAUCUGAAAUCUUGGACGUAUAGUGUGACUUUAUUAUUUAUCACUGAUUGAUCUGUAUGAUGCUAACUGCCUCAUUUGACCUCUUAUCUCAGAAGCUUCCUCAGUUUGGUUCAUUCUCUAAGUGUGACUUCAGACACUGAUGAUGUGAUCAGUGUGGGAGUUUUACAAGUUUCCACAUCAGAUUGCAACACAUGGGUAGAAAUAUUCUUGUGUAUUCAUAUAUGCAGGAGAACAGAAAUAUGAACGUGUAAACCUUUAAAGGCAUACAUCAGAAACACAUUUACGUUAUUUUUGAUUGUCUGUAUGAGAACGACGUCUGUGUGUUUUCCUUGUUGAUAUUUAUUUAUUUAUUGAGGUGCAAGAAACAGUUGUGUUUGGUGUCAGAAACCUCCAUGAUUAUCUCGUUUCUACUCCCAUGUUUGCGGUAAAGCUCAAAUGUGGUGUAUCUCUCUGUCUACCAGGCUUUUAAACCUUUAUUUGUAUAUAAGUAAAUAGUUUGACAAUCUAAGACCAACUGGAACGUAAAAAAUGUUGAGGUUGCUCCGGAGAGCGACAGAAGAGGAGAGAGGCCAUAUUUUUUCUGACACCAAAGAGUUGCUUUUAGCUUUUCCAUUGCAUUAUUGUUUGACCUGCCGAUCUCGAUCGCAGACCGUGAUAUAUAGUGUAACAGCUUCUUACAUGGAGUGCAGACCCAGGAUCAGAUCCAUUUGGGAUUAUUAUCAACUUCAGCAUAAUUCAGAGUUCAAGAGAUGGAGCAAGUUGCAAUGGAGCGCAGCCAUUUAUAGUACUGUUGUAUCACAUUAUGUCAUCAAAUGUAACAUUUGGACUAAUGUUUAAUGUUUCAAGUGGCCUAACUGUUGGUGAAUAAGAGACAACCUGAACCAUUCCACUACAGCUCAGACGCAACAAUAUUUACUGUAUUCAUCCAUGUGUGAGAGUGUGUGCGUGUGUGUGGGAAUGUGUGUGUUUGAAUGUCUCUGUGUCCGUCAGGGUGUGUUCAAGUAAUUUAAUUUAACUAUUAGUUCUUGGUUGUUUAAUAAUUGAUGUUGAUGUCUUAGCCUCACCUGUCUGUGUCCAGUCGAGUGUAUGUCACACUAACUAAAGCCACCGAUGUGGAUAAAAAGAACAAAAUAGGAUAACGAGCAUAAGAGGAUGACCUCUGAAUUCCAGUUUUAUUUCACUUGCACAUUUUCAGUCUUGGCACAUUGCUUCGACUCUCCUUGCCUUUGUCCUCUGAAUUCUUUCUUCCUUCAGUGAGUCUUUCCCAGACUCUGCUGGUUUCGCAGCUACAAAUAUGGCCUUCUUUGUGUUAGUAUGCAUCGUAGUGUGGUAGCUCUGUCUUCUCCUCUCGACCAACUUCAGGAAAAUUGACAAGUUUUAGCUAGAGGUCAUCCCCCCAGAAACCUGUUCAGUGUCUUUCCCUCUGACCCGUCUGUUAAGUUUAUGUCUGUUUUCUUUUUUUCAAUGUUCUACUUGUUUUUUUCUCCAUCUCUGUGUGAUUUCUUUCUUGUCCGUACACUACUGUAUGCAGUAUUCUUCCCGAUAUGAUCCACAUGCUCAAACAACAAGAUGGAGUUCUGUCUGUCUGCCAUUCGCCAUCUUCUGUUCUGGAUUCAAGUUAUCAGUGGGUUGCAGUAUUUUUCUCAUUGUAGCCAAUUUUUCUUGUACAGUUUUAUGCAACUUUCACAUGGAUGUUUAUGACUUUAUCUGCUGCCACAAAAGUUUAGAAAUUAUGUAGAUAGAGAUUACUGUGCAAUGGAAAAUAAAGGUGGAAAAUGUA